AGACAACUCCACGAUCAGGAUAACGGCGCUGCUUUUACUUUUGUCCUCGCUCGGACGCCGUACAGCACUCUCUUCUGAUUGGUCCCCCUACGUCUGAGGUUUAACACAAUCGUUUGAUAGACGUUUCCUGGGUAAGUGAAAUGCUUUAACGCGAUGCUAAAACUAAAAACAAGGACUUGUGCAUUUAGGUUGUUGGCUGAUUUAUUGCUUGUAAAUGUUCGCUGUGUUCCUUCCGAUCCUAACACCGACCAUAAUGAGCAACAACUAUCAGUGAAGAGCAGACAGUUAGCUGGUUAGCUGCUAGCCUGUAUGCUAGUGGGGGCUGAGUUAAAAGCUAACGUGAUGGAUUUGCUGUGACGUUAUUGUCAGGUUAGAAUAUAAACUUAAUGACGAGCCUGUACACACUAUAUGCAACAUACUGAGGGAAAAUAGACUGACUUAGUGAAAAAUGAAUACUUACAGUACGACUGCUUUAAAGAAAGCGAGUUAGCACGUGUGUUGCCUCUACAAUAAUGUUUUAUCAUAACACAAAAUUCUCUGUCUUCUCCAGUUUCCAGUUAAAAUGAGUCUAAGAAAGCAAACUCCGAGUGACUUCCUGAAGCAGAUCAUCGGGAGGCCUGUGGUCGUCAAACUGAAUUCAGGAGUCGAUUACAGAGGUAAAGAUGUCAGCAUGUGAGCUUGUCAAGGAGGGGUUUCUUCAUUUGAAAUGAAUGAAAGUCUCAGCAGCACUCACACCAUUCAACAUAUGCUGUCUGUAGGUGUCCUGGCCUGCCUGGAUGGUUACAUGAACAUCGCCAUAGAGCAGACUGAGGAGUAUGUCAAUGGACAGCUGAAGAACAAGUACGGAGAUGCGUUCCUGAGAGGGAACAAUGGUAAGAGCUCAGUGGAAAACCACAUUUCAGGGCAGCAAUGUUACUUUGACGAAGGUUUAAGGAGAAAUGCUAUCUAUCUAUCUAAUUUGAGAGGCAGGAUUAUGUUUAUAAAGACGCAGUAUUCUGUGGGUUUAUGAAGAAACAAUGUUUCUGACCAAUAAACAACAAUAAUAGUAGACAUUUUUUGGGCUUUAUCUUACAUCAAAACAAUGGGUUUGAGGACAAUUUUUAAAUACAAACCUUUUUUCUCAAACAGGUGUUUUUAAUUGUGUUGUUAAAACUUCGCUCUGAUUUAAAAUAUUCAGACAUCUGAAGAACCCUGUAGGAAAAGAUUUCAGAGAAAAUGAUUAAGGCUGUGUACGAAAUGGAUCCCCAACCCCUAUAUAGGUGACUCCAUGGGGGUUAGUGCCAUUUUGAGGGGUGUCCGAAACCUCAGUGAUCAAUUCCAGUGCCCUAUAUAGGUGACUCAAAAUUUCCUAUAGAGUAUUACAAAAUGUAGUGACCAUCCGAUGGUCACCCACUGGUGGUGGGCAUCCCGUCAUGCAUUGCGUCAUGCCACGCAGGUGAUUUAGUUCACUACAUAGUCAACUAUAUAGUAAAACCCCAUAUGGGGGUUAGGGAUUGAGUGAUUCAUUUCAAGUAGUGCCAGUUAAAAAAAUGUUUGUGAGACAACUGAACCUGUAUUUGAAUGUUCCUAAUUUCUUUGUCUAACUUAAGAAAAUGAGGUUUAAUCAACCAUCAACAAUGGUAAUAAUACAUAAUAGACAAUUAUAAUGAUAAAACAUAGAACAAGACUUUUAGUUUUGAAUGAUCUUUGAACCUGGAUCCUUGCUUACCUGGAAUGACUGCUAUUCUUCUCUUUCUUCUUCUCUCUUUUUUACACAUUGAAAAUUGUUUUCAUAAAUAUAGUCUUCAGAACAGCUACACAAAAACACAACUUCAUUUAUCCGUCCACAUUUUCUUCAAGCUAGCCAUGCAUUGUAUCUACUGUGUGAGAGUGAGUCAUGCUGGGUGGUGGAGUUGUCAGACAAAAAGGCCAACAGUCAGAGAUGGGACUAUUUUCAGACCGAGCAGCAGAUUGAUAAAAGUAGAUUUACAUUUUUUUUAAAGAAAAGCUCUGCCUGAAUGCCUUUUCUAUACAGUCUGUUACCUUUCGUUUCUACCCUGAGUGAUCCGUGUUCACUGAUUUCUCUUUAAGAUAAAAAAUGCCACUUUUUAAAAAGUUUUAUCUGCAGUAGUGGACCAGUGUUUCACAUGCAGGGUUAUUUUUGUCCUUACAUUUAGAGUAAAUGCUCAAAAGUCAGUUGUAAAGAACAUCUUAUUUGUCAGCCAAGUAUCAGAUUCAUAUGAAUGUACCAUUAUUGCAAGGUCUUUUACUGGGUUCAGUCCAGUUUUUGUAAACUAGGAUCAGGAAUCAGUAUUUAUAAUCUAACUUCUCUGACCUCUCUUGUUUGAUACUGAAUAACUUCAAUCUUUUAUGGCUUGUGUACUAGAUCUUGAUAUCCUAAACAUUUUAUUAGAUUAUUGGCCUCAAAGAAUCUGGGGAAAUAUGAUAAAUCGAACAGCAAACAAGGACUGAUGUGUCAGAAAAUGAUAAAUGAGUAUCGUAGGUGUCAUGUGAUGCUGAAAACUUAUGUUUUUUUUUCUUUCUGUCCACAGUUCUGUACAUCAGCACCCAGAAGAGGAAAGUGUGACAAGUGUUUUUGUGUUUUUAUUUUGUGGCUACUGCCUUUUUGUUUGGUAUUGUAAAGCCUCAGUUUCAGAGGUAGGUUUGCUUUUGUAAAAAUGGAACACGUGAAUAAAUCCUGAGUUUUUGAUUUGAGAGUUUGUGACUUUUAUAUACAAAAAUUUGGAGGGGUGCUGCUCUCAGUGGUUGUAUUGAUAUAGAGUAAGUUUUGCAGACAGUAAGCUUUGAACAGGCCUAAUUGUCAUUCUUGUGAGGAGGUGUUGUUCAUAUUUUAAUAUCUUGUGAUUUAAUUCCUGAAUUAAACAGGCUUCCUCACUGCCAGUAGGACUGUAGCAGUGGAAGUGGAAAGAUGGGCAUUUUUUCAGAUAAAUCAUUCACUUAAAAGUUUACCCCUGGAGCAAACAAAAGGCAAGCAGAUCUACUACUGUUUUACCACAAGGCUUUAAAAGGAUUAGACCACAGUUCUGUAAUUUCUCUGCACUAAUAUGCUAAUUUUGUAAUUGAUCUUGAUAUGACUUGCCUCCAGAAACCCAUUACUGAAUGGCCUGUGUACAAGGCGCUCAUCAUCCUGCAUUUACUUUAUUGUGCAAAUAAUAUGAUUGAGAACCGAUUAUAUACUUUAUAUAUAAAUCUAAAAAAAUGAAGCAAAGAUUUUUAUAAAAACCACUUUUCAAAAUGCUGAUCCAUCUUUAAGCUUGUUUAAUUUUAUAUUAAAUAUGAAAAAUGUUUCUGAAAGUAUUCCCGCAGCUCUGUACGAUGACUGACUUUGAUAACUUUCAACUGAUUGGAGUGUUUGCUUCAAUCCAUUAAUGUACCUGGAUCUGAACUCAGCCUAUAUCCUGUGGAGUUAAUCAUAAAGCAUAUUUCAUGUGUGUAUGAUGGAGUGCCCGUGCAUACCAAACUAA